AUGCUCAUUGUGUGUCGCAGUUCAUACCGCGAGUAUUGUCUGCAGAAUGACUUUGCCGGCAAGGGCCACCCCGAUGGAAUGCCAGCAGUACCGGCAUGGGAUGCUAUAGCCCAUAUUGAAUUGAUGAAGCGUCUCAAUAUCAAAAAGUCGGUGCUAAGCAUGUCCUCGCCGGAGACCCAUUUAACGCCCGGGAAUGACGAAGAGGCGCCAUCGCUGAUGCGCCGUGUCAAUGAAGACAUGGCGAAAAUCUGCGCGGACUAUUCGACCUACUUUCUGUGUUUUGCAUCUCUUCCCCUACCCGAUGUCGAGGGCUCUCUGGCCGAGAUCGACUAUGCACUCAACCAUCUGGGUACUGUCGGGUUUCAGAUCCUCACCAACUCGCAUGGAAUUUACCCAGGAGACUCGCGGUUGAGUCAAGUAUUUAAAAAGCUGAAUGAGCAUCGUGCAAUUGUGUUAAAGUCUAUAGGACAUAACAUGAAUUAA